CGUGUGCGGUGGGGCGAGGCGCGCCGGCGGCGAGCGGUACCAGACAUCGCCGGCCCCUCGGGCUCUCCACGCUGUCCUCCCGUACCGGACUUCACCUGUUUGCACACCAGUCAGUAAACACGGAGUCGGUGACUUAUUAAUCCCACCCCUGACAGCGAGGCGGAGAGCGGCAGCGGGAAGGAUGGAAACAGGUAUACAUACUCCAGUUUGCGAGUCAUUUUAUACUCGAAUGGACUGGCUGAAACUCGGUGAAUAUCUGCAGUCCCUGUUGCAGUUUGUGCGGCGGGGGGAGAAAAUAGAACUGGAAGACAGAUGGGAUCACAAGGCAAUGGGAACCAUGUGAGAAAUGAUUCUGGAGAACUGUCACAGCUUGUGGCCUUGGCCAGCCCCUCCAGUGAACUCAUUGGGGAGCCUCCUUUCGCCCAGGGCCAGGCAAGCUCUGGCCAGCCCCACCAUGUUGUUGACUUUCCUGCCCAACCAAAGGAUACAAGUGAAGUGGAGCAAGGUACAGACUCCCUGGGAUAUAUAAACAGAGCCUUUGCUGGAGAGCCUCCUCCAUAUUCUCCACCAGAUCCAAAGGCAGUGCACCUCCUCUACCCUUUCUAUGAGGCACCUUUCACGGGACAAUUGCCUGUCAUGUACCAGCCAGGAGCACAGGAUCAAGUCUUUUACCAGAACCAGCAAGCCCUACCCGGAAACUACCCUUUCUCAAUUUAUAAUUAUCCAUUGCCCGGAUUCCAACCAGCUCAGGAACAAAGGAGGCCUCCGAAGGACUACAUGGUGGAGUCGGUUCUGGUCACUGUCUUCUGUUGCCUUCUGUCAGGAAUCCUGGCCAUCAUCUUCUCACAUGAGACACGGAUGGCAAUUCUCAGAGGUGACCACGAUCAGGCAGAGAUCACCUCGAGGAAGGCGCGGAUUUUGGUCUUGUUCAGCCUGCUCUUUGGGGUCUUUGUUUCCAUCGGGUGGGUGAUAUAUGUGGUGGUGACACUUUACUUCGCUUGAUUUGCUGUGUCCCCCCCAUUGGGUGAGACCCCGAUGCUUUGAGAAAACUUUGCAACACGGACCUGGAGUUUGAAUUGUCACCUUACAGGCAUUUCUCUUUUACACUUGUCUUUGGAAUGAGGGCGCCCCGACCCCCAGUUACCCUAGGCCUUCGUGGACUGCUACAGUUUGAGAGUUCCAGGACUCUAUUGAAGGAACGGCUAUUUUAUGGGAACCGUGUCACUCGGAGAAGAACACGAAGUGGUGGUGUUCCCAUCAUUCUACUUUCUCAAUUUAAGUGUCGAAACAUGACUAUCCUGUUCCUUUAUCUGUUCCUUUCUGGUCCACUGUCUGCUGGAGAAAGUCCAGGAUUGACCGGUCCAACUCAUGCUCUGUGAGACCGCCCGACGCAAACAGGGACGUACAUUGCCAGAGUAUGUGUAUGCCUGUGGAAGGUGAAGUGAGGACUGAAACGGUCUGGGCUUUGACUGGGCGUGGCUGGGUGCCAGAGUUCACACACGCUUCAAGGGGCCUGUGGAUCACAUGGUGUUUAACCCAGUGUGAGCCAGAAGCUGAGUAAACUGAACCAGUAACAGAGUUUGUUGUGUUCCGCAGUAACAGGGCUCCAGUCCAACAACAUGGCUAAGUUAGGCACUGCAGUGUUGGGUUGAGAGAACCUUAUUAUGUUUAUGGAGAGAUCAGAUAUGCAAACGUUAUACAGCCUGAUGGUUGAGGAAGAAGCUAUUCUUGAAAUGCUGAGUAUAUUCCCAAUUCCGUACCUUCUCUCUGAUGGUAGCAAUAUAGAGGACAUGUCCCAGAUGGUGAAGGUCCUUCAUGAUAGAUGGCGCCUUCUUGAGGCAUCACCUCUUGUAGAUAUCCUCGAUGGAACUGCCUGAGCCUGCAGCCUUCUGCAGUCCCUUGUGAUCUUGUGCAUUGGAGGUUCCAUAGCAAUCUUGUGGUCCUGUUUUCCCGAUGAGUUGUCCUCCCUCAGUUAAGUCAGGGUGAAAGCCUAAUCCCUGAACUACACUGACCAGUAGGAAAGGUUUGGGCUAACACCCUUCAGAAGCUGGAAUUAUUGACGUUGGUGAAACAACCUUGGACUUGCAAGUUCUGAGCAACUUUUCAGAGCUGAAAAAUAUGACAGCUGAAAGGGAGCUUGACCUUUGCAGGUGACAGCUGUUCCUUGGCUUUCAGACCAUUGCUGUCAAUAAUUAACGAGAAACCCUGGCACUCAGUGAGGACGUUGAUGUGGUUUCCCCAGGGUGUCCUGUUGCCCAUUCUUCAUAUUGUCCAGAAUUCCCCAGGAGGUGAGGAUUAUUCUCCAGGAUGUGGCUCCAACCAGCUGAACAAUGAUGAUCACAGCAGUUCCAGGAACAUGCUUAAUCCUUGCCAUUUUGAGUUAAUAAUUCAAACCAAGCUGUUUCACCAACAGUCAGACCUAAUCCUUUAGAGAAUCCAUUAGAGAAUCUGUUUGCUUUCCAUUGGCCUCACAGGAUAGACCAGGAGAGCUGAUAACAAGGAGAGAGAGCGAUUCAUCCAGAAAAUUUUUUUGCUUAACUGAAGAAGCACCCACCACCCAAUCCUGUCAACAUAUUGUCCCGUCUUUUCUCCCGAUAUGUGUUAGAGGCCAUUCAGUUCACAAACUCAUUUACCCUCCACUUCUCUGGCGUAGGAAAAAUAACUCUUCAGUUAUGUGCUGACUGCGUUUAUAAACAGAGCUAUAGUAAUUACUAAAUUCAAAGUUCGAUUUUAACCACUGUAACACACAGGUGAAAGCUUCCGGUGUGGCUGCUGUAAUGUGCCCGUCACUGGUGACACUUAGCAAGUUGUUGAGGACCUGAGAAUUGGGAUAUAGGAGCAACUUUGAGAUCCAUCAUCCUCUGGCAUUUCAUGGGACAGCACAGUAGUGUAGUGGCCAAGUGUUUAAGGCAUCGGUCUAGUGAUUUGAAGGUCACUAGUUCAAGCCUCAGCUGAGGAAGCGUGUUGUGUCCUUAAGCAAGGCACUUAACCACAUAUUGCUCUGCGACGACACCGGUGCCAAGCUGUAUGGGUCCUAAUGUGGAGAGGGGAGACUUGCAGCAUGGGCAACUGCCCGUCUUCCAUACAACCUUGCCCAGGCCUCAGUCAUCAUCGAAAAUUGAUGGACAGCCAUAGCAUGGUGGUUAGCACAACGCUUCACAGUACAGGCGAUCCAGGUUCAAUUCCCACUGCUGUCUAUAAGGAGCUUGUAUGUUCUCCCCAUGACCAUGUGGGUUUCUUCCACAGUCCAACAACAAGCCAGUUGGUAGGUUAAUUGGUCAUUGUAAAUUGUCUCGUGAUUGGGCGAUUGCUGGAUGGCAUGGCUCAGCAGGACAUAUUCUAAGCUGUAUCUCAAUAAUAAACAAAAAACAAAUAAACAAACAUGUUAAUGUCAUGUUUGCAAACAGGCGGAUUCAGCUGAGGGGAACUGUUCCUGCCUACCCCUCCGCCCAACCCUCACACACACAUUCAUUGUAAGGUAGAUGGCUGAGGGCGGUGAGGCCUCCUUCACCUGGGAGAUGACAGGUGGAACACAGUGGCAGAGGCUGGUGUUGCCCUCUCACUGUCAGGGGGAUUUCUCACCAAACUGAUUCUGGAGUCUUAGCACCUGCAAAGUUAAAAUUAUAGAUUCAGAUGGAUAAUGCAAGUACUCAGCAGGCCAGGCAGCAACUCAGGGGAGAGAAACAGUGUCAAGACAGCAGAAUUGUAGACAACUUCAACCAGUGUGAAUUCCACAACUCAUAAAGUCUCAAAUAAACACUCGUGCAGGGAAAAGAAGAGACUUUAAAAUGAAGGGAAUGUAGGUUACUCAUUCCAUUCUGUCACUCUGGGCUAAUGUGAUAUUUCAUAAAACAUAACAUACUGCCCGAUAUUUGAAGCACACUAUGAAGUAUUUGAAAUGUGGGAUCACUGUGUUGUGGUUCACAGAAUCACUGCUCUGGGCAACAUGGUGGCACUUUAACUGCGACCUAGGUUCAAUUCCUGCCGCUGCCUGUAAGGAGUCUGUGUGCUGUCCCUGUGACUAUGUGGGUUUCCUCCCACAGUCCAAAGAAGGUUAAUUGCUUCAUGAUUAGGCUGGGAUUAAAUCGGAGGAGUUGCUGGACGGCAUAGCUCAAAGGGCUCGAUGUGCCUUUUCUGUAUUGUAUCUCAGUAAAUAAAUACGAUAUUUGAACGCUAAACCAUCUUAGCAAAACACUGAAUAUUUGGUACCAUUUUGACCCCAAGCAGAUAUGGACAGAUGUUUUUCCCCAUUUAUAAUAAAGAAACAAACGUGCUCCUCUUGUGCCUUGAAUUUAGAAUUUGUUCUGGCAUUCUGGAUUCAAUUUAGAUUUAUUUUAGCACAUAACUUAUUUUAAAAUCAUUCUAUAAUAAUUGAUGAAAACCAAAAUGAUAAAAGUCAUUAAGGAAAUUGGGACGUUGUGAUUGUAGACUAUGAAACGUUUUAAGUGUAUUGGAAUGGAGUGUGGGAUGUGUUUCUACUGUGGUGGAAGGAGUGAAAUUUCAAUAGUUUUGUACAUAUUCAUCAGCACUGCUACAUUGUGUGGAAAAAAGUAUGGAAUAGAAGAUGUAAUAAAAUUUAUUUAAAUCGUU